CGGUAACCUUAUCCAGUCGGAGUUCACCGAUCGGGUUGAUUAAGUUUGUAAAAAAAUUGAAAAAAAUCGAAGCAAAUUUUUACAGAACAAUUUGUCUAAGCUUACUAUUGAUUAAGGUGAAAAAAAUUAGUCGCAAAAAAUUUGCGAAUCAAAAUAUUGUCGCAAAAUGCUGAAAAUCAGCUUCCUUCUUUUCGCCAUUGGUGUUGUUUCCGGUGUGCAAGUCGUUUUCGACAAGGCAACCGACACGGGGAACAUUCUAGACAUUUCUUGUCCGUAUAAUGAGGAUUAUGCAGAUUUUUUUGUGUUCGGGUGCCCCCGUGAGCCGAAGGAGGAGGCGUCUCCGGACAGAGUUGGGUUCUGGACGGGGUGCAAGGAGCCGUGCACUUUGACCUAUUUUGGGGGCUUACUCCCCAAACCGAAGAAGUUAUUGGUGGCGGCGUACAUGGAGGGGUAUGAAAGUGCGAUUUCCGUUGGGGGAAAAGGAGCACCGACCGAUCCAGAGUAUGGGAUUGAUUUUGGGAAAAUUGAGACGGGGGAUGAGAUUUGGUGUUAUCGAGAAGUUGAGCUUGAAGGGGAGGGUGGGAGUAGUCCUGGGGUGAUAAACUUCAACUUGACCGGCUCUACUACUGGUGGCUACGUUCUGAUCGACUCGAUCAUAUUCGACCUAGGAAACCAACCCAUCCCACCAAUCUCAAUCGACGUUAAAGAAGACGAGCUACCGCAACACUGGCCUUUCGACGACUGUGAGCAUGUCCCCGAUUACGACGACUUCGCCAAAAUCGGUUGCCAAGUCAUCCCGGAAGAGAUCAACCCGACCCCAGAAGCGAUCGGAUAUUGGUCCCCGUGUCAGAAGCAGUCUUGCAAAAUUCAGUACGCCACGAGCCCCAGUAUCGUUCCCAACUCCGUCACGAUUAAAGGAUACGUUGAAGGCGAGGGAAAUAUCAUGGUCAAACUUGUGUCGGAAGCUGGCACCAAUAAUUUUACCGUGAUUGACACAAAAUCUGCCAGACUUGGGGGAUGGAUUGAGUUCCCGUUCGACCUAUCUUCGUACAAGCAAUAUAAAUUAGACAUUGUCCUGGAACGAGGAAAUGGCGGUAUUGCAAUGUUGGACUCGAUCUCUUACUCAUUUCCGGAAGAGGUGGUGACUAAACGACAGAACGACUUGCCAUUGUGCAACCCAAAGCAGACAACGACGACCCCUCCUCCAACUACACCCGAGGUCACUGUGACGACCCCCCUUCCAACUACGCCCGAAGUCACAACGACGACCCCAACAACGGAACAGACAACGCAGAGUAGUGUCACCUCAGUCAUCCCGACUUCGAUCGUGUUCAUCUGUUCAGUUAUCGCAAGGAUGGGCCAUUUUUAAAUACUUGAUUCAAUUUAGUUUUUCGCUAACAAAAGUUUAUUUGAGGUUAAGAAUUGAUUUUGUAUUAUUGGUGCAAAUAAAUAUGCUACAUAAAGGGUGUUAAAAAAGUCCGAUCCCAUGCA